AUGCGUUAUUAUCAAUAUUUUAAGUGGCAUGGAACUUUUGUUACUCAAUUCGAAUUCAAUAAUAGAAAUGUUCAAGGUAAUGGUACAGACGAUGUCAGUUCAUUUGGUGUUACAGAAAACUAUUCAACGAAUGACAAUCGUAUGAUUUUAACGAAACAAUAUAAACGUGCAAAUGACGAUCCUUAUGAAAAUCUCGAAAAUCAAGUUAAAAUUGAUUUGAAACAGAAUGAUCAAACACAACAGUUUGAUAGCCAAUAG